AUGGAGAUCUACUACCAAUACGUGCGCCUCCGGCGCCAGUUCGGCCGCCACGCCAAAUUCACCGACGGCGGCGCGGAGAUGCUCGCAGACAUCCGGCCAAAUGCAGACCAUGCGGCCGCAUGCGUCCCGAAAAACCCGGCCACCACUGUGGCGCAGUACCGAAAAAAGGUGGAGAAGGACGAGGAGUUUGUGCGCACGCUGGCGGCGCUGGGGGCGGCGGUGGAGGGCCUAAUAAAGCAGAACAACUCGGUUGAUAUUUACGAGGAGUACUUUGCGGACUACGCCGCCGACCACUCUGCCGAGCCGCCGACCGCCGCGACCGUGACCGUCUUCCGAGACCCCAAGGCCGGCCCCGGCGCCCCGCGCCGCGCCGCGAGCUGCGUGAGCUGGCACCCCGACGGCGCCGCCAAGGCGGUCGUGGCCUACUCGAUCCUCGGGCGGAGCUAG